AUUCCCGAGUUUAGUAAUAACCAUGCUUCAGCCCCUCAUUUAAUUUACCCCUUAUAUUACUUGUUAAACUCUUUGCUCCCUUCCGUUCAAAUAUUUAGACACACUGGAGUUUUACAGAUACAUACAUUUGAUAUUGUUUUUUGUCGGAACUAUAAAAGUGCCUCGUACAAUGCAUAACAUGAUUUAUAUUUUUUCACUGAAGGCCCUGAUUUAUAUAUACCUGACAGAUGUUCAAGCAUCGCAAGGUGUAGGCGAGUUAGAAAUUGAAUUAAGAAAUGGCCGAAAAGAUAAUGAAGGUUUGCUGUUUGUAAGAGAUAAAUCAAGACAAAAUAGCCCAUUUGGUACAAUCUGCGAUGAUGGAUGGGAUCAAUAUGAAGUCAACACAGUAUGUCGUCAACUAGGAUAUGAAAGCGGUAUCUUGAGACAAGCUCCAUUUUUCGGCAUGGCAAAUAAAUUAGUACCCAUUUAUAUCGAUGAUGUCAAAUGUACUAAAUACACUUCGAAAUUGGAGAAUUGCACUUUUUAUAGAAAAUGGGGAAAUCAUAAUUGUAAACAUUAUGAGGACGUGGGUGUCAGUUGCUAUGGCCAAACAGCCAAGUCGGAUUAUAAAGAACCCAUGUUUGGUGCUGGAGCGAUAUGGCGUUAUUUGUCAGAAAAAAAUUACAAAUUAGUUCAUCAAACAAGCGUCACCAUUGACAAGAUUGGUAGGCAUACUGAAAACGUUUUAGACACAGUCCACAUUGGAAGGUUUGAUCUGAGAGCUACUGCAGGCGAUCAAUUUUGGAUAGGUGGAAGAACCUACGAUAAUCUACCUUUUGAAAAUUGGCAAUUGAAAGUUUGGGAUGAUUGUCAACCAGUGCCUAAUCAGGAAUGCAUUUUGUUAAAAAAAAACAAAUUCGAUGUAUUUGGUGACUAUGCUCUGAGGAUUCGCAGUAGCCCAUGUUACUACAAGCAUAAUUUUAUUUGCGAACAAAGAAAUAUUAGCGAAUCUGUGAUGAAUUCUCAUUCAUACAGACCAGGGGCAAAACGAUCGAAGAGAAAAGUGAUAUUAAUUACUUUACUUGUAUUAGUUAUCUUAUUGCCGGUUAUCGUCAUUGUAGCAUAUAAAUUAAUAAAAUAUGUUAAUGCAAGGAAAUCGGAUCAAAUGGCAGUCCGCUUUGUGACUUUGGAUGAUAAGUCUCAUAUCUGA